GGAACUAGGAACCAGGUGCUGGAACGUAAAGCACAGUUAUUAUCAAACGAAAUCAUCACACAUUCAACACCAACUAGUCAUCGAACAAGAUCAGCAUCACGAGUUAGUGGCUUGUCAUCACAAGAUUCAGACUCUGAAUCGUUAAUCACGGAAAAUCCGACAGUUCCUCACACAACAACUACGGCUACUAUCUUACCACCUCCUCCCAUGUCUGAUUCAGUUCUUACGUUAGCUCGUAAGAAACGUUAUGAAGAUCUACCCAGUUUUUCCGGACAAUCUUCAGAAGAUACAGAACGAUUUCUGAAAAGCAUCAAAAUCAUUACAACGAAUGCAAGGAUAACAGAAGAUGUUGAACGAUUAGAAAUCGCUCGUGGUAAAUUGGUUCACUCUGCUGGAAGAUGGUUCGAUGAUAACCAAUCCGAUAUUACCACAUGGUCACAAUUUGAACAGGCAUUUCGUUGUCGUUACUUAUCAUCAACAAUUGCUCAAGCCAGAUUCGAAGAAUUGAAACAAAGAAAGCAACAAGAAGGUGAAUCAGUCACACAAUAUUGUGACGAUGUAAUUGCUCUUUGUCGUGACAGUGAUCCAAGUAUGUCAGAACCUCAAAUGGUUAAAUAUUUAAUGAGUGGUAUUAAGUUAGAAUUCCGAAAGGAAUUAUCACGUUCAGAACCAUCCAUCGAUAAAGUACAAGAUUUUCGUGCCAGAGCAAAGAAAGAAGAAGAUCUGAAUCAAGCCUUCGGCAAUUUUGAACUGUCGUCUAUUCAGCCAACUAAACCGUACUUUUCUUUCAAUCCUGAUCAGAAUUCAUUGACAGCAGCAAUUCAACAACAUCGAGAUCCUCGUUCUUAUUCUCAAGUUCAGCCUUUUUCAUAUUCACAGAGCUCGCGAAAUAAGGCAAACUCGGCUCAGGAAGAUUCUUUUCAGAAUCGUCGAAAUUCGAGUGAUCAGAGGUCGUCUGUUAUACAGAAACAGAAUAGUUUCGAACCAUGUAAAGUUUGCGGAAAACGUAAUCACCCGUCGAUUCGCUGUGUUCAUCGAAAACCAUCUGGUUGUUUUAAUUAUGGACAAAAUCACUCAGUGCGUGAUUGUCAACAACCACCACAUUUUCAGUAG